GCAAAUCUGCUUCGUCAGUUCUGCUUAGCUCGCUAUCAUCGUCCUGCUCGCCUGGGCUCAAUCUCGAGAGAAACCCAGCGACUUCCACUUUAAAUUGGCCCUGCUAUCGGUGGAACAGCCACUCCUUUGGCCGAGAGAGUGAACGAAGACGAGAAGAGAGAGAGAGAGAGGAUGCUUCGAACUAUCCACCCAGUGGAACCGGAGUAAAAAACAGUUUUUUUAUGAGUUUUUUAUCUGGAUUCUCUUCUUUUUUGGGGUAAAUUUUUGUUUUAAGUGGUUUGGUUGAGUGUGCUGUGUUUGCUUUACGUAAUUGGAACUAAGUUAAUGAUAUGUGUUAUGACGAGCAGAGGAUUGAUUUGAACGAUUAAAAAAAUCUAAUUUUUUUGCUAUUUUAUAUGGAUUUUAAUGGAUUAGUCAAGAUCUGGAUAAUACCGGAGGGAGAACGUUGAGCCUCGAUAACAGUGAAAUUCGGAUGCUGUGCUUUUUUCCUCGGUAAAAAUCAAAUCUUGUUUUUAUAAAUAAUUUUGCAGAGAUUUGAAGUGUUUAACAAGACUAGAAAGGUCAAAGCUUUUUAGCUAGUGUUAUCGGUGGUUUAUUUAGUGCGGAACAGCACAGGGUUACGCCCAUAGAACUAUACAAGCCUGUGAGAAACCUUUUGGGUUUUGUUUAUUCAUGAUUAUGUUUGCGUGAGGAUAAUUAUCACAGUGAGAGAAGUUCUAGAAACAUGCCACAUGAGAACCAAGUUUUUAGUUUUUUAAUUUAUCCUCUUUCUUUUCUUCUUGCUUUUUGCUUCUUUAUCCAUUGGAGAAUUUUUCUGUUUCAGAAGGAAUAAAAGAAAGAAAGGAAAGAGAUUGUUCUAUCGCCUCCUCUUUUCCUUCAUUUAAACCUGUUGUUCUCCUCUGAAAGUUGAGGUUUUUUUUUUCUUGCCGUUCGAAAUGAACUAUUGAGUAGAAGAAGAGUAUUAUGCUGAAGAAGAGAUCAAAAACAGUGAGCAGUAAGCAAGGUGUUGUGUCCCACAACAUUUCACUUACUCCGCUCAUUGGAAAUCUCACACAGAGACCCCCUUCUUGUUUUCUGUUUCCAUCCAUUAAUCCCUUUUCGAGCUUAUCUCCUACGGUCUUCUCAGAUUCUCAGGCUGCUGUUACUAGGCCAAAUUUCAGUUUAGACUUCAAGCCCUUCUUUUCAAUUGGGGAUCACUUAUUCUCAAAUAGAAAACCAAAGACCUGUUGCUUAAAAAAUGGCUCAACGGUCAAAUACUACCCAUGGGGUGGCACAGACUCCAGGCCUGUCGGGCUUGCCAUUCUUGAAGCUAUUUGCAGUGAGAAAGCUGAUGAAAAAUUAGUAUUGUUUGGGUCUCAGCUCAAGGUUCAGGUCCUCUCUAUCAACCAAAAUUCUUCUUCUAGAACUCUGUUGGUGGAAUCUCCUCACUCCCCAAUCGAAUUUGGCGUAAAAAAUAAGAACUCGCAAUUAGCUAUGGCUCUUCUUUCUCCUGGGAGAAGAUCCCCUCUGGCUUCUACCAUUCCAAGCAUGGACAAUUCUCCACGAGGUUUGCACCUUUCUGCCAGCGAGAUUGAACUAUCAGAAGACUAUACUUGUGUGAUCUCUCAUGGACCACAGCAGAAGACGACUCAUAUUUUUGAUAAUUUUAUCAUAGAGAGCUGCAGCAACAGACUCAGCUCUUUGAGGGAGAUGAAGUUGUCUGCUUGUAAAUUAGGCGAUUCUACUUCUGAUUAUUUCUUGACUUUCUGCCAUACCUGCCAGAAUAAAAUUGCACAAGGAAAUGAAAUUUUCAUAUACAGAGGAGAUAAGGCAUUUUGUAGCCAAGAGUGUCGAAAUCGAGAGAUUAUUUGCCAGGAAAGAAGAGAGAAUUCAGGAUCAUGUGCCUAGAUAACUUUCUAUGCAACGAUGAUCAAUCAGAGAUGAUGGAGGCAGUCUUCAAUUGACUUGUUUAUAUGUGUGGUUUCCCACCAUUUCGCCAUCGUUUCUUGUUUGGAUUUUUUUUUUUUUUGGCUUCUAAUGGAAGCUGCUUUGAGCUUUGUAUUAUAGCUAGUAUGGUGCCUUCAGCUUGAUUUUGGAUCAGUUUUUAGCUGAAGGGAGAUAAUGGAUGUACCUUUCUUUUAAAUGCUAUCUGUUUAACCUCUCUUGAAAUAAUGAAGCAUUGAUUUCUGUUUUAA